UCAGAAAAUUCGGGUUUACAUUUGAAUAGGAAUGAGAAUUUUAUGUCAAUAGGAACUUUGCGUUCAGACGAUAGGGCUAGUAGUCAGUCAAAAUCCACUGGAUUUGUUGAAAGUUCAGCUGGAUGUGUUCUCAUAGGCAAUCCAAUGAUUACAGUUCCGUCAGAAAGUGAGAGUGUUGAAACGCUUGGUAUGGCAUACGAUGAGGUUGGUGCAAUGAUUGAUGAUAUGCCAGUUGUUUCGGGUAGGUUGUUACCCAAGAACAAGCCUGUUUCCGUGCUGAAGGAUUCUGGGAGUAGUACAAGUGUAGUGAGAACGAGUUUAGUAUUAGACAAUCAGUUCACGGGAGUGAUUCAGUUAGUUAGGCUGAUAGAUGGUACUCUGAGACGUUUUCCUAGGGCAAAUAUCAUGCUAGAUAGUCCCUAUUUCAUUGGAGAAAUCAAUGCCUUGUGUAUGCCCAAUUGUUUGUGUGACGUCAUUAUUGGCAAUGAUGUGAAGGGGGCACGUGAGCCCAAGGAUCCUGACCUGCAAUGGGUGCCUAGUAUAGUUCAAAAGGCGAAUAGUUCCGAUGUUGAUGAUCGGGUAUCCGAAGUUGAUAUGCAAAGUUCGGAAGUUGUGUCGAGUUCGGAAGAUAAUGUUCGGGUUUCCAAAAUGGAUGAGUCUGUUACGAAAGUGGAUGAGGUUUUGGAUGAUGUGCCUUCAUGUGUGGAUGAGGCGAUGGCUGUUGAAACUAGAGCACAAAAGCAAAGUCAAUCUAAACCUAAACAAGAUUUGAAAGUAAGAGACUCGGGAGUAAAAGUGAAGUCGGAGGACUUUUUGCGAGAGCAAAAGGAUGAUUUGUCACUUAAGCCUUUGUGGAACAAGGUGAAUGAUAUCGAGACUAAAUCGAGAUUCUUGUUCAUGUCAGAGAAGAAUUGUCUUUAUCGACAAGAAAGGGAUAUGAGAAAUCCAAGUGUUGGUGUUGGUCCCAAGUUAGUGGUUGUUCCAAAGACACACAGGUCUGAGAUUAUGCGAAUUGCCCAUGAUUCAUUGUUUGGUGGACAUCUCGGCAUUAACAAUACAUUGUCAAAGGUUAAAGCCCAGUUUUAUUGGCCAAGUAUGUAUGAGGAUGUUGCCAAUUUCUGCCGAUCAUGUGACGUGUGUCAGAAGACUGUUAGUAAAGGGAGAGUCCCCAAAACGACUCUCGGUAAGUUACCGAUAGUUGGCGUCCCAUUUCAACGAAUUGCGAUAGAUUUAAUGGGUCCAUUCAUUCCAUCUGCAAGAGGACAUACUCACAUCUUAACGAUAGUAGAUUAUGCGACUAGAUAUGUAGAAGCUAUACCAUUGAAAUCAAUAUCGACUGUAGAUGUAGCUGAGGCAUUAGUCACUGUGUAUAGUAGGGUAGGUGUUCCUUGUGAAGUAAUGUCAGACUUAGGUACACAAUUUGUAUCUGAUUUAAUGAGGAAGGUGUCACAGUUGUUAUCAGUCAAACAAAUAACAAGCUCUAGAUACCAUCCGAUGUGUAAUGGCCUUGUAGAGAGGUACAAUGGAGUAAUUAAGACAGCUUUGAGGCGUCUUUGUUCUGAGGAGCCACGUCAGUGGGACAGGUACUUACCUGCUUUGUUGUUUGCUCUGCGAGAAGCACCCAGUUCGAGCCUGGGGUUUUCUCCAUUUGAAUUACUCUAUGGUAGACAUGUGAGAGGUCCAAUGGAUAUUUUGAGAGAAUUAUGGACGAAUGAGAGUAUUGACGCAGAGUUAGGUAUCCUUGGAUCUUCGAAGCUAAUCACAAUCGCAACUCAAUUACAAUUCGCGAUUAGAAAUUAGAAUAGGGAUUUACGUUAGUAGGGCUUACCUGUGAAUUUAGUUAGAAUAGGGAAACUUAUAGGUCAUUUAGUUUAGGAAGUUAGGAAAUAAGAUUGUAAAAUUAUAUUUUUGUUGUACUUUAUAUAAAAUAUGUAUGCAAUGAAAACAAAACGGAAAGAGUCGCUUGUUCGUAAGAAGUCUUAAACAAAAAAAAUCUUAAAGAGUUAUUGAUAUUCUAAAACAGGCACUUUCAUUGUACAAAAUACAUAUUUAUGUGUUAGAAUAUGCUGUAUUCGUACAAGUGCUAUUCAAAUUCGUUUAAUGAAAAUAUUGCGAAUCAGUAACUGUGUUUGAAAUAUAAAAUUUGUUUCUUUAAUCGAUUAUUUAAAAAAAAAUAAAAUUAAGCAAGAACAUAACGUUGAAUUCAAAUAUGUUAAACAUGAAACGGUUGAAACUUUGUAACCAUUUUUGAAGUAAUUUAUGUACACAAAAAUAUGGAUUUUUGAAAACUGAAUGGCAUUGCAAUAAUUUUAAUUUACUUGAAUGUUUAAAAAAAAAAAAUGCUGAUUUUGAGAAGAAUACUGAUUUUACAUACAUAAAGCAAUGUUUUAAGGAUUAUGAAGUACUUUCAUUUAUUGAAAUAUACAAUGCUAUGAAAGUGGUAACAAACACUGCACUUUGUUUUAAAAGAAGUUGUGUUCGGAAAGAUUACUGAAUUUAAACAGUUAUUUGACAAAGCAAAGUAAGAAAGGAUUGUAAAUUCUAAUGCGCUUUGCAGAAUUUAAAUGAUAUUUUGAAACUGAAAGUGAAAUUGAUCUUUUACAAAACUAAAAAGCUUAGAUGAUUUGAUAUGAAAUGGUUUUGUAUAAUGCAUUUGGCAUAUAUGUUAUGCUGGUAUAAAAAUCGAUUAUUACUUGUGUUUUUGGAAAUAGUGUUAUGAAAGCUUAGUCAAUGCUUUGAAAGUAAAUUUCUUUAACGGAUGUAAUUCAGGUUCCCUUAAUUUCAUCUUAAGGUGGGGGAUAUUGUCAGGAAAGAAAUUUAAUUAUAGAGUAUUUCAGUUGAGUUCAGACAUGUGUUUAAAAUAUUUACUUGGUCCAGCUUAUGGUAGGCCUAUAGACAAUUGUAUAUGUACAUAUGUUUUGAAUGUUUCAAAAGCAAGCGUUGGGAACGUUUGAUACCCCCCCCCCCCUAGAGUCCAAGAUCAGGUGGAUGUCAUAUUUUGUUCAAGUGUUAGACAUAUUUCGUACUAGCUAAGCAUCUUCAUACAGGUGUCAUAAAUAGUUAAUACUGUGCUUUACCAUUGAAGAAUGUAGAUGUACAGAUGCACAGGAAGUCUUUUUGUUAUUAAGAAUGUGUUGCUUUAUGCACUCAUCUGCUAUAAAAAUUCUUUGAAUUACGUUAUAGAAAUUUUACAGUUAUUCCUAGUAACGGUAGGGUAUAUUAGGAGGUUAGUUUCAAUAAUUCAAGGAGAACCACCUAAGCUAGAAUAGACUACAGACGUUCGUAUAGGCAGUCUAAGUUAUAACUGAAGGGACUACGUCGGUGACGAGAUAACGACCCCAGCUGCCACCGGUUCUCCACCGACAUGUUUUCGUCAAAACUCAUGUCAUCAUUGGGGGCUCGAUCUCGUCCACUAAUUCGUUGAAGCCACAUCUCUGAUCUGGGGGUUACUCAUCAAAGGGGCAACACAGUCUGCGGAGGCCGAGGCCGAGUGGAAGAGACAUCGCUAGCUGCGGAGGCCAGGAACUGGACCGACCACCAGGGCCGAGUGGGGCAUGUCAGGCCAGAUGAGACGAUGGGGGCUAGAGUCAACGAUUACCGUUAAGUUAAGUUGUAUUUUGUUUUAUCCAUGUACAUUUUCAUGUACAAAUUAUUGUAAAACCAUCAAAAGAGAACAUCAGAAAGAUUGAAGAGAUAUGAUUAAAUCUUUUUAAUAACUGUA